AUGAUACGAACAGCAGUGAAUCUUGGGUUCAACGACUCUGUGAUAUCUAAAAGGUACGAGAAGCCGCGAGCGGAGCCGGACGCGUUGGGAGAGCUGGGCCGGCCCGUGCGGCUGCAGCUGAGCGCGGCCGAGCAGCGCCGCCAGGACGACAGCGUCCGGCUGCACCAGAUCAACACCUACGUGAGCGACCGCAUCUCGCUGCACCGCCGCCUGCCCGAGCGCUGGAACCCGCUGUGCAAAGAGAAGAAAUAUGAUUAUUAUAAAUUGCCCAAAACUUCUGUUAUAAUAGCUUUCUACAAUGAAGCUUGGUCAACACUUCUGCGAACAGUUCACAGUGUUCUUGAGACAUCCCCAGAUAUUCUGCUGGAAGAAGUUAUUCUUGUGGAUGAUUACAGUGACAAAGAACAUCUAAAAGAGACACUGGAAAACUAUGUGGCUGCUUUACGCAAGGUACGUCUUAUCCGCGCAAACAAGAGAGAAGGAUUGGUUCGAGCACGGCUGCUGGGAGCUUCUCUAGCAAAAGGCGAUGUUUUGACAUUUCUUGAUUGCCACUGUGAAUGCCAUGAGGGAUGGCUUGAGCCCCUGUUGGAAAGAAUUGGUGAAGAGGAGUCAGCUGUUGUGUGUCCUGUUAUUGAUGUUAUUGACUGGAAUACAUUUGAGUACUUGGGCAAUGCUGGGGAGCCACAGAUUGGUGGGUUUGACUGGAGAUUGGUUUUCACGUGGCACCUUAUACCAGAGAGGGAGCAGAAACGAAGAAGAUCUAAGACAGAUGUCAUCAGGUCUCCAACCAUGGCCGGUGGAUUGUUUGCUGUCAGCAAGAACUAUUUUGACUAUCUUGGCUCUUACGACACAGGAAUGGAAGUAUGGGGAGGAGAAAACCUUGAAUUCUCAUUUAGGAUUUGGCAGUGUGGAGGAAGCCUGGAGAUCCACCCUUGUUCUCAUGUUGGUCAUGUUUUCCCAAAACAAGCACCCUAUUCGCGGGCUAAGGCUCUGGCCAACAGUGUACGUGCAGCAGAAGUGUGGAUGGAUGAAUAUAAAGAGCUUUAUUAUCACCGAAAUCCACAUGCACGUUUGGAGCCAUAUGGAGAUGUGACAGAAAGGAGAGUGCUUCGAGAAAAGCUCAAAUGUAAGGACUUCAAAUGGUUCUUAGAGAAUAUUUACCCAGAACUCCAUGUACCUGAAGACAGGCUUGGCUUCUUUGGAAUGCUGAAGAAUAGAGGAAUGGCAAAUCAUUGUUUUGAUUACAACCCUCCAAAUGACCAUGAAGUUACGGGGCACAGAAUCAUAUUGUACCCAUGUCAUGGAAUGGGACAAAACCAGUUUUUUGAAUACACAUCCCAUAAUGAAAUACGCUAUAAUACCCGGCAGCCUGAAGCCUGUGCUGCAGUUGAGUUAGGAACAGACUAUUUGACAAUGCACUUGUGUCAAGACAACAUACAAAACAUUCCUGAAAACCAGAAAUUUGUUUUCACAAAGGAUGGUUCUCUGUUUCACGUACAUACCCAACAGUGUGUACAAGCUGAGCCUGACUCUUACAAUGGCAGUCCAGCACCAUUGUUACGACCAUGUGCCAAUUCAGAACACCAGAAAUGGUUCUUUAAAGAAAGAAGUUGAUCCAGAGUAGGAUGUCAUCUUCAUAGUCAUCUACACUGUCUGGCUGAAUAGGAAAAUGUUAACUGAGUUGACAUUUAGGCAAACUUUGAAAAAAAUUACAUAACUGCUAUUUUUGUAUGAAGAAAGAUGUAACUUGUUUACAAGUUUUAAACUGUUUUCUGAAGUGCUUAAAGGCAUUGAACACUAGGCACAGUGCAUGUACUGUACUGCAGCAAUCUACUUCCCGCGGGGGCCCCCCCCAUUCUCUUAUUGGACAGCUGUACGAGUGUUUCUAAAAUGACUUAUGUUCUUUUUCAUAAUUGAAAAUAUAUUUUUUUAAUCUACUGUGAGCAAAUAAAGAAAUUAAGAUAAUCAUGCUAAUGUGAUCUUCCAAUAACUUUAAAGUGUUUAUUUUUCUACUAAAACAUUUUUAUAGUUGUGCCAUUUAACAGCUAUUAGCUGAGAAUUCUUCUCCAUGUUUAAAUUCCAAAAACUAAAAUUUAGGCUAGAUUAUGCCCUGAGGUGACUGACUGCAGCAGAGUUCACAUGGCAGUUCGACGUGGGGCUGCGCAUACAUAUCUGAAGGCAGAUCAGAACCUAAUAUUUGUGCACAGAUAACAAUCUAGUUGCAUAUAAGAUUCAUGUGUUUGACAUUGACAUUAAUGUGCAUUGACUGUUGUUAGCAUUUUAAAUGUUCACAGUACUUGAGUUCCCAGUAGGGCUUCAUUAGGACAGCUUUGUAGUAACUGUUUACCCAUCUUUCAUCAUUUAGAAAUAAGGUAAUGAUAUUUAGAAAUGUCUUUGUAAGAAACUGAUACAGGCUGUGUUCCUGCAGAUGUUCUUGCCUACAAAGCUGUUAACUUUAAAAGGAAGAUAUGUGUGCACAGAGCUUGCAAGAUCAGACUUGGUAGUAAUUACUUUGCCGAUGAAGGUUGAACUUAAGUUUUUAUGAAACUAGAUUAAAAAUUCAUACCCCUCAUUUUCAUUGACAACGACUGUUUAAAACAAUUUUUUGUAACUAAAAUGAAAAAUUUCAACGUAAUUCUAAUCUGAAAAUUUGUCUUUAUGCUUAUAAUGAGUUUUUUUUCUAAGAAUUCCUUUUCUGCUCAGGUCAAUAUAUACAUUCCUACUGAAAACUUGGGUUUUAAUCAGCAUCCAUAUAAGAUUCUGUCUUUUAAGGAGUAUAUGCAUUGCCCCCAGACAAUUUAGUCUGUCUAGCCCUGUAUUUUUUCUUUGAUAGUGCUCUGUAAUAUGUCAGCUAUAAGAAAAGUGUCUUUCUGUGAUAUCUGGCAGUUAAAGGUGUGCUAAUGUGCUGAAGCAAUGAAGGUUUAUAUCUUUUUCCCAAAACUCUUGAUUUAAUUUCCUUAUCUUUACUGUUAUGAUUAUGGAUGUCCUUGUUAUCCAUAUGAAAUGCACAAUCCUUUUUUGAGUCCUGUUAAACUCAUGUCAUCUUUGCAUAUUUAUUUAUAUGAUUUGGGGAAGUAUACCCAGAGGGCAUAUGCUUGUAGGUUCUUCCAAGAUCAUUACAAAAUCAUGUAUAUUUGAAUGUUUUUGUAAGCACCUUUACAAUUCUGCCUCCAUGGGUUGGGUUGGGUAGAUGAAACUGGUGUUAGAUCUAAUAAAAUAUU